AUGAGUGACCAGGAUACACCAGAGCAGAGGAAACUCGCGAGACAAGUCUCUGCCAAAAUCGACGCGCAGCUGAAAUCCGAAGCAAGUGAAAUGCGGGAUUUCGACCGGAAGACGCUGAAACUUAUGCUUCUGGGUGCUGGGGAUUCGGGGAAGACAACGGUGCUAAAGCAAAUGCGCAUCAUCCAUGGGACCGGUUUUAACGACCAGGAACGCGUGGACUUCAAAGCUACUAUCCAACGCAAUAUCCUCGAGUCGGGGAAAGCGCUUGUGGGGGCUUUGGAAACGUUGUCGAUUUCUUUAUCGGACACCGCGAAUGAGUUGAACGCCAAGGCUGUGCGCGAUUACGCAGAACACAUAACGGCAGCAGAUCCAUUGAAGAAGGAGGUGUUUAACGCCAUCAAAGCGUUAUGGAAUGACCGGGGGAUUCGGGAAUGUUGGAAGCGAUCGAACGAGUUUCUGAUACAGGACACAGCCAGCUACUUCAUGGAUCGAGUGGAGAAGUUCUGUGAACCAAAUUACUUGCCCAAUGACCAAGAUAUAUUGCACACGCGGUUCCCAACGACGGGAGUGUCAGAAACACGGCUGACGAUCGAUCAAAUCCCAUUCCUCAUAUACGACGUCGGGGGUCAACGGAAUCAAAGAGCAUUUUGGGCGCCCUAUUUCCAAGACAAAGUGCACGCCAUUCUCUUUGUCGCAUCACUGGCAGCUUACGACCAAAAGCUUGUCGAGGACCCUACCGUCAAUCGAAUGUCCGAUUCGCUUAUAGUGUUUGAUUCAGUGAUUAAUAACCCGCUGCUGAGGAAGAUCAGUGUGGUGUUGUUCUUGAACAAAGCGGAUAUUUUUGAGAAGAAGCUGAAGCGGACGCCACUGGCGAACACAUUUCCGGACUAUCGAGGGGUCAACGAGUUCAAACCAGCAGCCGCGUUUAUUCGGACACAGUUCAUGAAACUGGAUACGUCGAACGGAGAGAAGCGGAUAUAUUCGCACUACACGACGGGAACGGACACUAAACACAUGAAGGUCAUAUUGGAAGUCGUUCGGGGUAUCAUAGUGCGUAGCAACAUUGCAGAUACAGCAACUCGUCUACCCUCGCACACCAGACCACCGGGCAGUUUCGAAUACCUCGGGUUAUCGGCGCCUUGA